UAAUUAAGUUUUGGGUCAGACAAUUACUAAAACCAAUUUCAAACCCGACCCGUAUCCAUCCUCUGCUAAAUCAAACUUUGGCUUUAUUUCCAAAGUUCAUCGAGUUGUUGCUGCUCCGCCCACUGCCGCCGUCACCACCAGUGAUCCUCCUCCGUGGAGUGCAAUACUAGCCUUUUGCUCAGCUCUCAACUCCUAAAGAUCAGAACCCAACCACUGAAAGCCGAGUUGCGGUCCAUCGCACCUUGAAGUGGAUUGUUUAAAAGCUACAUUAACAAAUUUUGGAAAACGUUGUACGAAGACUGUUUGGAAUGGCUACACGGCAAGUUGGACGUGUUGGACUUCCGUUAAUGAAUAUUGUGAGAAUGAAGGGAGUGCCCAUCCUGCAGCAGUUGGAGAUCGAGGAGUGCCUUCUCCGGACUUCAUCGGACAAUUGGUGCAUCAUUAAUGAUGGGACGGAUAAGCCGAAUAUAGUCAUGGGGGUUUCCGGGAAACCUGCUGAACUUCUUGAGAUUAGCCCUGUACUAGAAGAUAGAAUUCCUGUCAUAAGGAGGUUUACUGGUGGUGGGACAGUAAUAGUUGAUGAUGGUACAAUAUUUGUUUCAUUUAUAUGCAACAAGGAAGCUGUUCCUGAUGUACAACCAUAUCCUCGACCUAUCAUGUCUUGGAGCAGCCUAUUAUACAGUAAAGUGUUCCAAGGAACCACUGAUUUCAGGCUUCGUGAGAAUGAUUAUGUAUUUGGCCUGCGGAAGUUUGGUGGAAAUGCUCAGUCAAUCACUAAAAAUCGUUGGAUCCAUCAUACAUCCUUUCUGUGGGAUUACAAGACUCGAAACAUGUCCUAUCUGAAACUUCCCAAGCGGACCCCUGAAUAUCGACUUGCAAGGGAUCAUCUCGACUUCAUCUGCCCCAUGAAGGACUAUCUUUCAAGAUCAGAUUUCAUUAACAAAACCAUUGAUGCAGCGGGAAGCCAUUUUUCAGUUAAGUCAUCCGAGUUUGAUGCGCUCAAACUUCGUUCAAACUCGAAAUUUACUCCCACCUCCAGAUUACUUACAAAACAGGAAUUAGAGGCUGCAGCAAUUAAAUCCUGUGAAUAGAGACUUACAUUUGAUUCAACAUUGAUUAUUUACAACACACAAGUACCAUUGACCUGCAUAUGAUUGUUUUUUGUGAAUUUUUCCAAGCCAUUAAAUCUAAGACUCGGCAGGUAUCUAUGGCUCAUACCCUGACCAAAGGAACGUAAUUGUUUGUACUUUAUUAAAGAAUCCCUUUGAAUAAAGCCUGGUCCAUUUCUAGGUUCUUUGAUGUUUCCAUGUCAACGUAGGAUGGUACUAGUUGUAGUAUUGACAUGUUUUCGGUUAUUAUGCAAGGGCUUCUGAACAAGUGUAAACAUAUGUUCUGGGGGAUCAGAAUCACUUUCAAAAUAUUUGAUUGGAUGUCAUCCGAGAAUCCAAAUCUCGAAACAUGAUUAUAUUGUUACGGCUCAUUGAUUUGAUUGGAUUUUUUUAACUUGCAUAA